AUGACGAAUGAAGAGUUAAAAAAAGAUUCAAAUAUACAAAAUAAUGUGUCACCAGAGGAAAAUAAGAUGGAGAUACCAUUCAAGGAACUUGUUAGCCUCGAUAUUGAUGGUUUUGUCAAUUUAUUGGGAUAUGCAACACAAAACAAGCUCGUAAUCCUAAACUACAAGCAAUUAACAAGCAGAGAAGGUGCAACAGAACUAGUUUCUAUUGAAAAACAAGGCAUUCGUGAUUUUAAAUUUGUUAGAUAUCAAGAUACAAUUGGCUACUACUUAAUUAAUGACAAUAAUUUAGAAAUAUAUUCAUUUGAAAAGAAAGAUCCGAUGAAAACAAUCGAAAUACCAAUAGAAAAUUUAAAAUCUUUUUACGAUAAUGUGUCUUAUCCAUAUAUAUUUGUAAAAACACCAGACAAAGUCGUUACAGUCAAUAUGAAUACUUCGGAAACAGCAGAAAUCAACUGUUUAUCAGAAGUUUCAAACAUUUGUAUUACAUCUCAAGGAAAACUCGCAUUUUUCGAGGACAAUAAGAUAUUCAUUUACACGCCCAUGGAAGAAAAACCACGUUUACUUACAGAAAUGGCCGAUGUCAAAGGAAAAUCUGCACUUAUAUCAACAGUUCAAGAUAACAUCAUUUUCAUCUCUCAUUACCUCAAAGCUCCACAUAUUCAACUCCAAAUGAUCAAUGUUACAACUAAAAAUGUCAAAAAAUACGAUUAUAAUAAUUAUUAUCCAGAUAAAGUCACAGAUCAGAUAAACAGAAGUGACGAACCCAUUAUUGCAUAUGGUCAGCAGUUUCUUCCCAUUAUUACUCUUUUCGGGCCGAUGAAAAUUCCAUAUUUCAUUGCAUUUAACAAUUUUAAUUUGAAUUUAUGGGUUCCAGAGCAAGGUUUAAAGAGUUAUCAAGAAGACAACUACAGGUGCAUGUGGUGUAUGACUGAUUUAGAGGACAUGCAGUAUGCUUUAUUCGAUCCAUUAUUUGUUUACUACAGAACAGAAGAUAUUGAAUUCGAUGAUGAAGAAGAACAAAAGAGUUUUGAACAUAAAUCACUUUCUGACUUUGUUUCUUUGAAGAUAGAGAUAAAAGGAGAACAACUCGUUGAAAAAGAAACAGAUAUGGAAAUGGUUAUUGAUGAACAAGAAGAAAAUAUUGGAGAAUCACAUGUUUUCUUUGGAAAAUUUGGAGAAAAACUCAUUUUAUAUCAAAAUAAAAUGAUUAUAAUUGUAUAUGAUGAAGAAAAAGAAAUCCCUCUUCCUGAAGACAUCGGAUUGAAAUUUGUUAAAUUCACUUAUUCAGUUGAUUUAACUCAAACUUAUGUAGUUAUAGGUGGCGAUGAUUUUAUCUCGGCUUAUAACUUCGAAACUGAAAAAUAUGUUAAUUUUUUGUUGCCAGAUGAAGUGACCAAUUUGCCACUUCUCAAAAUUGUUACAGAAAAAGCAACUUUUCCUAUUAUUUAUGCACUUUUCGGAAACACAAUUAUUUCUUUGUCACUUUUUAGUGAAAAUGUCGAAAUUUUAUUUACAAAGAAGAAAGAAAUCGAAACAAAAACUCCCGAUAAAAAUGAAGAAAAAACUGAAGAAAAAGAUGAUGAAAAUAAAGACGAUACAAAAAGUGACAAAAAGGAUGAACUAAAAAGUGAAGAAUCAAAUGAUAAAAAUGCAGAAGAAACAAAAAUUAAUGAAAAAGAAAAUCCAAACAAUGAAGAAAAUAAAGAUAAAAAUGAAAAUUCUGAAGAAAACAAAGAAAAAACUGAAAAUAAUGAUCAAAAAUUUGAAGAGGAAGAAGAGGAAGAAAUUUAUGAUAUUGACAUUGAAGUUAUUUAUAAGAAUGAUGGCAGAAUCAAUGAGUACAGUUUGUUUAUGUAUGAAGACAGAACUCUUUAUGAAUAUGUAAAUGGAUCAUUUACAAUUUUCAAAGGUUCACACAGCCAAAAUUCGAAACUUUACAAUGUUUCUUCUUAUAUUGUUGCUGUUUCAGAUAAGUCAAUUUUGAUUUUGUCUCCCGAUGACAAAAAUAAAUCUCAGCUAGUUGAAUUCGAAUCAAAUGAUAGAAUUGUUUCAACUUUGUCAAAUUUGCCAUUCUUUUCAAUUUUUGAUAGAGAAACAAAGAAUUUGUCACUUUUUGGGAUUGAAGAUGAAAAAUUAACAAAAAUUCCAUUACCUUUAGAAGACAAAAGUGUUUUAGAGCAAACAGAAGAGAUAUGUUUAGUUUUCCAAGAUGAUCAACUCUAUUUCCAGUGUUUUACAAAUGAUUUUGUAAUCAAAUACAUUGAAGUAUUAAAUUACAAAUUUGCAAAACUUCAAAGUGAUGAUUUGGACAAUGUUUAUUUAUACGAAAAACAAAAGCUAGGAAAUACAUCAACAAAGCCUUUAUUCACAGUGUCUUUUGCAGAUAAAAUCGCUUUGAUUGGUGAAAACAAAGUUGACAUUUACGGUUUUAACGGUUAUAAAAUUAAUCCUCCAGCAAAUUCAGUAGAUCUCAGAGGAGUAAUUCAUUCAUGUUCUGUCGACAAAAAAUUGAUUCUUUUGACAAACCAUAAAAUUGUAAUUACAAAUGAAAACGGUUUUGUAAUUUACAACAGAACAUUUGAAGAUGUUGAAUUUGUCAAAGUAAUGACAAACAGAAUUUUGUAUCCUGCUGUUUUUAUAGUCCAAAAAUACGAUGAUGAUUAUUUCUGUGGUUUUUAUUUGAACACCAUGACAAACCAAAUUAACUUUGCUGUUGACGACAACUGUUCUCCAUUAAUUUUCACAGAUAUAAGUUUAACAAAAAGUGGUUCAUUUGCGGCGGUUUUGCCAAAUAGUACUUUUUGCAUUCAAUCGAUUUUUGGGUUGAUUUAUUACAAUUCAUUUUCUUCAUAUUCUUUUGUCAAAACUGUUUAUGAUUUAACACUUUUCUUCAAUCCUAUGGAAGACAAAACCGAAAUAUUUAUCAUAGAUGAUAAACAUCAAGGUUUUAGUUUUUACGAUGAUAGAAUUUUAGUUGAAGAAAAUCUUUUUGUUUCUAAAGACAACAGAAUGAUGUUCUACAAAGAUGAGGAUAACACAGUUUAUUAUUAUGAUUUGGCAAUUCCUAACAAACCUUUGAUUUGUCAUAACUCUAAAAGCGAAAAAUUAACGCUUUUGAAUCCAAGUUUCCAUGAACUUUCAAGAUUAGAUUGUUUUGUUGGAAUGAAUGAAAAGAAGAUUUUGUUUGUUAUGCCUUUGAACAUCGAAGUAGAAGAAGAAGAGGUAGAAAUCAUCGAAUUUGUUCCUCAAAUGGUUGAUUCUAUAAACGAAAAGACUAUUUACGUUGAAUACAAAGAGAAGAUCAUUAAACCAAAGAGAAGAACACCACUCGAUGUAAGAGCGAAAUACGAAAGAAACAGAGACAAAAAGACUUUCCACAAACAUGAAAUUGUAAACUUGACAAGAAAAUACGAACUGGAAAGGAUUAAUUCUGAAAAGAUAAAGCCACAACAGAAAGGAAUGAUAAGAAGAACCAAGUAUGGAAAAUAA